ACCAGCUGUUCACAGACGAAACAAAGUGACUGGGAGCGAAAGAAACGCGUUUCGCAUGAAUCUCAAUACAAAUGACAAACAAACGCAAAAGUAGACCAAGGACUCCAGCAUAAGGCUAACAAUACUGACAGAGUAAUUGCCGUUAACUUAGUUGCUAUUUCAUAGCGAAAACCCUGAAUCUGUUGUGACGUUAGUCAUACUUGAAGUUGUGUUCGUACGAGACGACUUUCACGUCUUCAGCGAGAUUCGCGACUUAUUGUCCUGUGCUCGCGGUGCGGAAUCCGGCGGCGGCCGCGGCGGCGCUGCGACCUGCGGCAGGAUGAACGUGGGCACGGCGCACAGCGAGGUCAACCCCAACACGCGGGUGAUGAACAGCCGGGGCAUCUGGCUCUCCUACGUGCUGGGCAUCGGCCUGCUGCACAUCGUCCUGCUCAGCAUCCCCUUCGCCAGCGUGCCCGUCGUCUGGACCCUCACCAACCUCAUCCACAACCUGUGCAUGUACCUCCUGCUGCACACGGUGAAAGGGACUCCUUUUGAGACUCCGGACCAGGGGAAGGCGCGCCUGCUCACUCACUGGGAGCAGAUGGACUACGGCGUGCAGUUCACCGCCUCCCGCAAGUUCCUCACCAUCACGCCCAUCGUCAUGUAUUUUCUCACCAGCUUUUACACCAAGUACGACCGGGUCCACUUUGUGAUCAACACGGUCUCCCUGCUGACUGUCCUCAUUCCCAAGCUGCCCCAGCUGCACGGGGUCCGCAUCUUCGGAAUCAACAAGUACUGACGCAUCGGAGGGGUGCCCUGGGAAACCUCAUCUCCCAGAGAGCCCCCCCUCCCCCCCCCC